UGUAAUGUGCGUUAAAGCGCAGCAGUAAGCAGAUCUCUGCUCGGGAGUUCACAAAGUCUCUCACUCUCUCUCUCUCACACUCACACACACACACACACACACACACACUCCAACGUGGAGCCUUUCAGAGACGCUCUUGGUGAACUUAGCGGAUGAACAGAGGUUUGUUCUGAAGAGCCGAUCAUGGGAGAAGGCAAUUUAACAACUUUACUGGAGGGUGCAUGCAGUCCGGUGUGUGAGGGCUGCCACCAGCCCAUCGGUGAGCGGUUCCUGCUGCGGGUGCAUGAUUCUCUGUGGCAUGAGCGCUGUGUGAAGUGUGCUACUUGUGCUGAGCCUCUGAAGAGCACCUGCUUCGUGCGAGACUCCAAGAUCUACUGCAGACGAGAUUACCAACAACUGUUCUCAGUGCGCUGUAGGGCUUGUGCUGAGGUUAUCUCCCCGGCAGAGCUGGUGAUGCGAGCGGGUGAUGCAGUUUUCCACCUGCACUGUUUCUGCUGCUCAGUGUGUGACUGCCGGCUGCAGAAAGGAGAUCGCUGUGUGUUGGUGGGAGACAAGCUGCUCUGUACACAACAUUACCAGCACACACUGAGCAGUCCCACCACCACGGACUCAGGCCGAAGUGAGGACGAGGAUGAUGAAGAGGAUGAAAGCAACCUUAAGGUGGCAGGAGAUAGAAACCCCAGCAGAGACGGGGACCAUAAGAGACCGAAACGGCCACGCACCAUCCUCACCACACAGCAGAGACGAGCUUUCAAAGCCUCAUUUGAAGUUUCAUCCAAACCUUGCAGAAAAGUAAGGGAGACCUUGGCAGCUGAGACGGGCUUGAGCGUACGAGUCGUCCAGGUCUGGUUCCAGAACCAAAGAGCCAAGAUGAAGAAAUUGGCCAGACGACAGCAGCAGCAGCAGCAGUGCCAGUCCCCUCAGGAGCACAGUGACAGCAAAACACACACCAGUGCGCCCUCUGUUGGAUUUUCAGCUGAGCUGGAGAGCCUGAGCACAUAUUUAUCUGCAGCUCAACAGCAGGAAACCCAUAGCUUUAAGAUGGACCUCAGACAAGGUCUCACACCCCCUCAGAUGCCUGGAGAUCACAUGAACCCAUAUGAUUGUACAGAUGCCUGGUACACUGACAUGGACAGCGACCUGCUUCACCCACUCAGAGACUGUCUGUCAUCUGGGGAGACAUCUGUUCUGACACCGAUUGACCGACUAUAUUCUAUGCAGGACUCUUAUUUUGCCUCCUGUGUGUAACAAUAUGUGUGUGUGUGUGUGUGUGUGUGGUUCAGCAUUCUGGGAUUAAUAGUGAUUAAUGAAGAGAAUGUGUCAGAUUGUGAUUUGGAAUGUUCUCUGUGUAAUUUAUAUUUAUUGCUGUGUUUUCCCUGUAAUCCUUUUGGAUCAUUGGACUCAAUUUGCUAUUAAAUAAAUGACUGAUUAAA